GAAAACGAGGCUCACGUUUUGGCGGUGUAAAAAUCCAGAAUCUUAUCUAUUAAUUAAACACACGAUAAUAUUUGUGAUUUUCAAUUUAUGUUACUUCACGUAACAAUUACAUUUACAGAGCUGACUAAAUGUUGAUAUAUGACAUUCAAAAUGUCAAUUGUUACUGAAGUACUAACAUCAGCUGGAUUGGUCGAAAAAAAAGAAGUAAAUGGGAAAGUUAAAGCAUUGACUGACCACAUUAAGGAACUUCAGAAUGAGAUUUACACAGCAACUGUUGAAAGAUAUGUAGAUUUUUACCCUUGUUUUAAUUCUGUAUCUAAUCUUGCUGAUCAAGUGGAUUUAAUCAAGAGUGAGAUAGAUUCAGUAUCAGAUAAGAUAGAAUCAGAGAUAAAAGGUCAGCUAAAUGUGUCUACAUCAGAGUUCCAGUCACUGAGCCGAGAAUUAAUUGAAGUUAAUGGUAUUCUGUCCAUUCUAGAAACUUUAGUACAGCUACAUGAUUAUUUGGAAGAGGUUGCAGAGUCAACCAAGGCUCAGAAGUUUGGACAUGCAGCCGAUGCCCUAAGUAAAAUAAAUGAGCUUGUUUCUAAACCUCUACCAUACCAAGAUUCUGAUAUUAAAAUAUUUGAUGCAUUGAUCACAGAAAUCAAAGUGCAAAAAGAAAAGUUGAUCUAUGAUCUGAAUGACGUUUGGAAGGAGCAUAUUGCAUGGAGAUCACCUGAAAAUGUUGCUUCAUCAGGCGAUCUGAUUGAGCUGAAAAUUGUCACAGGUGGAGAAGAAAUGCAAGUAAUCGAGCAUAUGAUUGAUGCAUUGGAAAAAAUUAAUCAACUUGACUCCAAAAUAAAGGUUUUCGGUGAACGUUUUUUAACCAGAUUAGUUAAAUCUCUUCUCUCUAAUGAAGAUGUAACUAUUCAAGAAAAGACUAAUCGAAAUGAAAAAGUAAUUACCUUAAAUCUAAAAACUAAUAUUCAUACAGCGCCUUUGUUUGUUAGUUUUUUUCGUAAAUUUGAAGAAUUAAUAACCUUUUUAAACGAGAACUUUCUGAAGCUGAGUAUAACGAGAAAUGGUAAUGUGGUUACAUUAUUAGAACUGUUAGGUGCUGAAGUUGCUAAUUCUGCUGUGGAUAUGAUAAUUAAAGAAUGUUUAUCUCUGGCUAUUCCUUCUACCAUUGAGCAUUUAGAAGGAUUCCGUAAAGUUAUCAAUUCCACAGAAAAUUUCCAGAAAUUCCUGAUGGACAUUAAGUUCCUUCCAGAAUCUAACACUGCUCUAUUAGCUUAUGUUCAAAAUGUAAAUGUUUUGUAUGCUAAUAAGAAAUGUCAGCAGAUCUCUGGAAAUGCUCGUAAAUUGAUGACGUCCAAUGUCCAUAAUACUGUAGAUGUUUCGAAAGAUGUAACUUUGCAGGCCUUACCUCAACUACAGAAAGGUGAUUCUACUACAACACAAGCGAUAGAAUUAACAACAGAAGAAAAACUCAGUCCCGAUUCUUUUAAAAUGCCAGAUUGUAAAAUAAGUGAGUCGAUUAAUGCUAUAAUGAACUUGGCUUAUGAAAUAUUAAAUGAAGCUGUAGCCAGUAAACCACAGUGUGCUAUACAGAUGUUUUAUGCGGUUAGAAAUAUAUUUGAGUUAUAUUGUAGUGUGUUUCCCACGUAUCAUAGACAGUCUCUUGAAACAUUACCUCAACUUACAGCCUUACAUCACAACAACUGUAUGUUUAUCAGCCAUCAUUUGAUGACUUUGGGCCACCAAUUUAGUGCAAAACUGCCAAAAUCAAUCAACGCAACAUUUGUUGAUCUAAUACCUAAAAUCCGUGGAAUGGGGACAGAGAGUUUCAUGAAACAGAUGACAAAUCAGAGAGAUCAACUUUUAGAAUUUCUACAAGCAGCUGAUGGUUUUAUAGAGAUGUCUAAUCCAGAGAAAUACUGUAAUGGUGAACGAGCUGUAAAACAAUGUCUACAUCAGUUAACACAUUUACAGAAUGUUUGGCAUGAUGUUUUACCGGCAAAUGUCUAUAGAAAAGCCAUAGGAAUGUUGGUGAAUACAGUAGCUGUAGAAAUAAUUGAUAAUAUCACAUCGCUUGAAGAUAUUUCAUCUGUUGAUGCUAAACAACUUUACAAGUUGAUGUCUUUGCUGAUAGAUAAAGCUGAAUCUUUCUUUAAACUGGAGUCUGAUGAUAGCAAUCCGUUGGUAGAACUUCAACGAAACGUUGCCAAAUGGCCAAAAUUUAAAGAGUUACAUUUGGUACUGAAUGCUAGCUUACAAGGGAUCUCUGAUAGGUGGGCAGAUGGAAAAGGUCCACUAGCCGAAGUCUUCUCAGCCAAUGAACUCAAGCAGUUGAUCAGAGCUUUAUUUCAAAAUACAGAUCGCCGUGCAGGUGUCUUGUCUAGAAUAAAGUAGAUUUUAUUAUAUUAUUCCUGGGUGUCUUUAACAAGUAAAAUAUCCAUUUAGCAUAUUUUUAUCCAGUAAAUUCAAGGAUAAACAGUAUGUGGUAGGUGUUUCUGUCAAUCACAAACAGUCUAAAUUUUCUGCAAGCAAAUCAACAUACUACUUGAAUGUAUUAUUGUGAGGUCAUUAUUAAAGUAGCUAAGUCUCUAACUCAAUAUCAUCCAAAGUUUUACACAUUGAAAACACGAACUAUUUGUCAAUUUAAAUCAACAUUGAUGUUGUGAUUUUACUGGGAAAAGGUAGGCUUCUGAUAUCCAAUAUUAAAGACAAAAUAAACAUUUUACCAUUGGUACACGAAUCGUGUACCAUAGUGCGUUUUAGCGUCAUUUGUAACAAGUUACCAGGAAGAAUGAGGCUAGACAUAUUCCACAACUCAUGUUGAGACUGAUGCCGUAUUUCGCUGGACAUAACUGAUUUAAAAUUAGAGUCAAAACGGAAACAAUAGAAUGUAAAUCAGUUUAUAUACAAUCAGAUUACAUUAUUAUUAGCGUUGCUACCCAUUUGGGUCAAUUUCUAGGUCCGAAAUAUUAGCAAUUUAGCUCCUUUACAAAUUGUAUGCAUUGUGAUCACAAACACACAUUACAUGAGUAGGCAACAGUUUUGUUAUUUAUGACGUAAGAUAUUUAUAUACUGCUUAUAAGAUAAUAUGGUAUAAUAUUAUGUUGAUUGUGAGAUUACCCAGGAUGUUUUCAAGUUAUAUUCAGUUGUUAUGCUUAUUCUUUGGUGCUGUGAAAUUUUAAUUCUUUCCAACAUGUUUAUUAUUUAAAUAUAUAGCUAUAUUUAAAAUAAAAAUUAUAAAACUA